AUGCACUGGAACGAGACUUGCAUCCUUAAACUGCUAUGGAUGAUCUUCUUUAGGUCGGGCUCGCUUUGGGUGGCAUGGAUCAGAAAUAAAUAUAUCUCCUCUUCCUCCUUUUGGGCGUUGAACGAAAAGAACUACAGCUACUCUUGGAUGUUUCGGAAAAUCCUUGGCAUGAGACCAAAAGCUCUACCCUUUUUGAAAAUCUCUGUGAAAAAUGGUGAAUCCACUUUCUUUUGGUGGGAUCCUUGGACACCUUUUGGGCCUCUAUUCACAUACCUGGCUUCAGAUGGUCCUUCACUGAUGGGCAUCCCCAUUGAUGCUACUGUUGCUGAUCUACGGACAACCUCGGGCUGGCUCUUACCAAAUGCAAGAUCAGAUAAGCAACUGCUGUUAUUCUCGUACAUCUCCUCCCUUCAGCUCCAUGACGGGUCAGAUGUAGCAUGUUGGUCAGUUGAAGACGUGCCUAGUAAAUCCUUUAAAGCAAAGAUUGUCUUCAACGCCAUACGGACUCAACGUCAAAGGAAGGCUUGGGCACCGCUCAUCUGGCAUAAAGCUGUGAUUCCUAGACACGCUACAACAGCAUGGCUAUUCACUCUUAACAGGAAUCCAACUUUCGACCGCAUUGCUACUUGGAGUUCGGAUGUGGAAACGGUCUGUUUGUUGUGUGGAAGCUGCAAUGAAAGCAGAGAUCACCUUUUUUUCACAUGCUCCUUCUCCUCUGCUGUAUGGAACUCUAUCAUGUCUAGAUUUGGAAUAGCAGACUGGCCUUUAUCAUGGUCGGAGGUCUUACUCUGGCUGCCUCAUGCUCCUGGUAAUAACACACAAAGGAUAGCUUUUCUUCAGGGCUGGCAGGCAUCUGUCUAUGAGCUUUGGAGAGAAAGAAACAGGCGUCUUCAUGAUGGCCUCACAUGGCCUGCUGCUAGGGUGGUAAAACUCAUCCUUUCUUCUUUGCGGGAUAAAUGCUCGGCGAUGGAGGCUCAAGGUCUCCCAAGAGGUCCCUUGUUGGCUUCUUUUUGGUUUGACCCACCAUAA